GUGUCGUCACCGGCGCGCGUACCCCCCCCCCCGCGGGCGGCGGGUGCGGGCGGCGGCGGCGGGGAUGGCGCGGCCGGUGAGGAGGAACAAAAAAAUUGUUGAUUAUUCUCAGUUUGGGGAUUUGGAAGAUGACGAUGAAGACUUUGCCUGUAUAGCUGCACCUUCAAGCAAAAAAUCCAGAACACAGCUCAAGGAACCAAAGAAAGAGAAAAAAGAGAAGCAAAAAAAGCCACACAAAGAAUUGGUUCCAUCACAAAAGCAGACACCUGGUAAAAGGAUAUCCUUGGAUGACAAACUUUAUCAAAGGGAUUUGGAAGUUGCCUUAGCCUUAUCUGUCAAAGAAAAAUCUGCAAAUAUCCUGGAGGUGCAAAAUUCAGAAGAACAAGGUAAGAAUACUGAAUCAGAAAAUGUACACAGGAGACCCCUUUUUUCCAACUGCAGUGUAGACAGUGAACUUUUAGGUCUCAAUCAGGUUAUGGUUGAUGACAUACCUAGGGGUGAUGGUAGGCAGACGACAGCAGCAGCUAAAAUUCCAGCACAGCAGAAGUUACCGACCAUUGAUAGUGAUGACGGAGAGCAUGCUGCUGAUUCUGAGCCAGAGUCUGUAGUCAGUGUGGAGUCAGAAGAAGAUUCAGAUUAUAGUGGAGGUGAUGAUGAAGACUUUGCUCUGGAAAAGAAGAAAGCCAAAGGGAAUAAAAAGAAAGCAAGAGAGAAGAUGCUAGCUGCAAGAGAGAAGAAAACUCCCAAAUCGAAGAUUAAUACUACAGUAUCACCUGUAGUUUCUCCUUCACACGUAACGGAACAAAAAUCUGAGCCGACGCAAAAGGUGGUGUGCAGUUUGUCAGAACCAAUUGGGAGGCCUCUACAUACAUCAAGUCCUGUAACAGACAAGAAGCCUAGAUGGAUACCUCCAGGUACCUCUGCAUCAGGAAGCAGUAAUAACUCUAUGAAAUACGUCUCUGUUAAGUCACCUGCUCAGUGUCUUAGACUUGGCCUCUCCAGACUAGCAAGAGUCAAACCAUUGCAUCCCAGUGCUGCCAGCAGUUAAAUGGUUAGUGACAAGGUGCCACGUGAAGGAAAAGAUUUGGGGAAGUGUUUUCCUUAUAAAUAGAGGGUGGGCAACAGAAGCUUCAUGGCAUCAUUCAUUUUGGAGGACUGUCAUUUAUGAAUGUGUCUAAUAAUGUAAUGAGUUUUUAUUCUGCAAAAUGCUAGGCAUCCUUAAGUGCUAAUGAAUAAUAUUAUUUAAUCAAGGUGAUAUCUGGGUCACCAGCUUUUUGAUAUGGUUUUCUGAUAAUUUUAGCUCUCUGGUAUAUAAACUCUUGGCAUUAAAAUAGUUUAGACAGCACUAUGACAGUUAUAGAAUUCGAUACCAGAAAUGAAUUCUUAACAGAGGUAAAAGUCACAGUUUAAAAAGUAUUUCUUGGAAGAGUUGUCACUAUCCCCCCCCCCCCCCCCCCCCCCCCCUUCUUGGAAAGUUUGUCACCACUCUCAAAACCUGUUAAUGUUUGCAUAUCUUGUAUGUGGAUUUUAAUGAAUUUUUAUGUAUUAUAGUUAAAAAAAUUUUUAGAAUGUUUAUUUUUUAAAAAAACUAAAAUAAAAUAUAUAAUUAAUCAAA